AUGAUAGAAAAGGACGUCAGCAUGUUACAAAUUUUACUUCCUAAAAAAACAUUCCUACAGCUGAAGGAUCCUGCACAUAGUGAAUCGACAGCUAGCCGGAAGAGUAGUCCUCCUACAUAUCCAAUAAUAAGCCCAUCUAGGGAUGUAAAGGAUACGUUUGCCUUCGAUACCGAUUCCUGCAACGGCUGUAACGAUAACGACGUUGAAAGCUUCACAGCAGCCAGCUCAUUUUACAUCAACAUUGAUGACGGCAGCAGUUUUGGAAAAGAGGGAAAUCAGAUACUCCAGGACCCUUUUUAUAAGAAUGGCAAAAAUAUUGGUGACAAUGGUAAUGAGGACCACAAUGAGAAUGAAGCUGCUACUGAAAAACACCAAAUAAUGACGACAACUUCAUUAUUUCAUUUGGCAAGAAGCCCGGAAAGAUGUUCAUCGACUCAAGAGGGGACUGAGAAUAACUACAGUAGCGGCAAUAGCAGCAAUAACAAAGAAGGAUCAAUCCUAGCCAUAGUUCCAAUCACCUUUGCUCCGAAGUCCGAGGCUUAUCAGCGAUUCAAUGCCACAAUAUCGUCUUUGACAUUGAAUCAGGAAGAAAAUCAUGUCAAAGUUUUAUAUUCAAAUGAGGGCAUAUCAACAGUGACUCUGCAAAGACCCACGUCAGUAGAAUUGGAUGCCUUAAGUAUUGAAGAAAACACAUACUCCAAUCCAUUAUCUAUCCAAGCAGAGACAUUGCCCAAUACGAAUGUUCCUGGAGGCUGUGAUACUGACACAGUCUCAGGGCAUGAACAGGCUAUAGCUUUACCAGCACUUGAGAGCCUGCAGCCCCUUCACUAUCCUUCUUUGCCUUGGCGCCUUCCAUCGCGAUUUUUAUCAAGCUCAGCACACCAGCCCCCCACUGCCUCUUGCAGCGACUCCGUUGUUGUCCCAUCAAAUGCUUCCUUCCCCUCGGAACGAACUAUUGGACACGAUGAUGACAUAGGGCAGAUUACCCGUCUUUCAUCUAAACACUAUAUUAUCCAUUCUAUUGCUGCUCCUGCUACCGCGGCCGGUGUUGCACUUUAUGGGUCGACGCGACAUUUCUCGGAUUUAAUUAUGUCUACGGGCUAUGCGACAUUCGAUUAUCUCACAAAUAUCAUCGCGCCUGGCACUAUCAACCUUGCUUCCUCAAUAACAGAUUAUUUUUGGGCAUACUUGCCUGCUAUCACCGUACCACACCCCCUUCAAACUCGAGAUUAUAGUCAUGAGCUUGAGGAGCAGAAGGACAACAGAAACAAUAGUGAUGGCAGCGGUGAGAACAACCACGAUAUCGUUAGCAGUGUAGAGCAACCUCAGAGAAGCGAGCAUAAAAAGCAACGCACGGAGCGUAGAACUGUGACAGAACCAACUCAUUUUGAUCAGGCCUUGAGUAUUACUUCUAAUUCUACGCACUUGGCAACAUUCACCUUACGAGAAGGACUCCACCGUAACCAUCAUUCUGGCCGGUGCAGUGGCCCAAUUGUUGUCGCCCCUGCACACAAAGCAUCACAUAAACGUCGUCAGCGUGGCCGUCGUUUCCCUUUACAAACACUGCCUGGACCUGAGCAUUUAGAUCCUGAAAUUCGCCGACAGCUUGAAGCCGAGGGCUUGGUAUCUUUAAGACUAUAUGAUGGGACUGAAGCGAGACAUACUCGAUCUCACUACGAUCCAAGACGGUACGGCUUUCCCAAGUACAUCAUUUGCCAUUCUUUUCGGAGACCUAGGCCCUGCACAAUGGUCUUGCUAAUGAUACUGGCCGUUUGUAUCAUCUUGCCUAUCGUUCGGAGCCGAUAA